AUGUUACCAUCCUUGUACGUAGCACUUCUUUCAUUUCUCGUGGGUCUUCUCCUACACUUCAUCCGCCUCCGAUGGAGGCCGCCACCACACCGGAGACUUCCUCCAGGCCCACGAGGCCUCCCGAUAUUCGGCAAUCUCCACAUGUUGGGUACCCUCCCUCAUCGUACCCUCUACGACCUUUCCAAAAAUUACUGUCCGAUAAUGUUCCUAAAACUCGGAAGUAUUCCCGCAGUGAUAGUUUCAUCGCCGGAAACCGCCGAGCUCAUACUGAAAACCCACGACUCCGUUUUCGCGAGGCGGCCAAAGAUUAAGGCGAUAAAAUACAUAAGUGACGGUUCUAAGGGUUUAGCCUUUGCACCUUAUGGUCCACAGUGGCGUAAUGCUCGGAAAUUCUGCACCCAAGAGCUGCUGACGGCGGAGAAAAUCGGGUCUUAUGGGGGGAUGAGGAAAGAGGAAAUUGGCAUUUUGGUGCAGCAGCUGAAGGUGGUGGGGGGUGAAGUGCUGGAUUUGGGGGAGAAAGAUUGGUGA